AUGGUUGCACUCAGUGAGGCCCGGUUACCCGAACAGGGUCAACUGGAGGAGGUAGGUGCCGGCUACACCCUGUUCUGGAGCAGUUGUCCCAGGGCAGAGCGACGGGACACGGGCGUCGCCCUUGACAUCCGGAACGACAUCGUGGGACGAUUGCCCUAUCUGCCGCAGGGUAUCCACGAUCACCUAAUGAGCCUACGCCUUCCUCUUCGGGAACCCAACCUCGUCACUAUCGUCACUGUCUAA